CCCCCACUGAGGAGACCAUGUCGUCAGAGAUGUGAAGCAACCCUUUCUGCGGUAGACUGCACCGUCAUACAGGACGCAGAAAAUUUUACAGAGUGUUUCUCCCCUUCAGAGAAGAGAGACGAAGAAACAGGAGGUAACAAAGGCGUGCCAGAAGAAAUAGAUCGAAGAAGGGAGAAAGGAGUGCCUUCAAGAAGUAAACAUGAGAUUGCAGAGAAACCCUUCCAACAUAUCUGCCAUCUGAACUCGAAGAACACGUUUACCGCAGACGACAAGAACUGCGAAAGACAGCACCUGCAGGCGGAGAUGGGCUUCAUUGAACCGCUGCGAAAGGCCCGUUUGAGGAACAACAGACGCCAAAAAGAUUGGGCGAUAUGCCAUUCUUUUGAUGAAGAGGAAAAGGCACACGUGAAAGACGGAGAGACACGCAAAACACCCAAAGCGCAAGAAAAAGGAAAGCUACAUAACAGCCAAGUGAGCGAGGAGGACGGGAUGACUUCUGUUCCAGAUGAUGUGUUUCAUAGCACAUGGUUGCUUCCAAAUAGAAAGAGAGUCAAAUACAAGUAUGCAUUUGUAUGCAAGGACUGUGAGUGUCGCAGAGAAAAGCGGUGUCGAAAGAGAGAACCACCUGAGAUUUCCUCGACCCCGCAGGAUUCUCAGGUACGAGAACAUUUUACGAUUUCCAGCCCAUUGUGCAAUACAUCGAAAGUAUUCUGGCAAGACCCGAAGAACAGUGAAUGCAGGGAUGGUGAUGGCGACAGACUCUGUCGCAGUCAGGAAGAGGGGCACGUUUCAGAAGCAAAUCCUAGUGGCGUGGCGCGGGCAACUACGGGGAGAAUGCAUUGCUCGCGAGAAGCGCAGUCGCUCAAAAUAAGGCACGAAUCCCCAACUAGCAACAUCAGUUCUGAAACACCACGUCCGCUUCAUUGUUUGAGUGACAGACAUCGCCCUGUUUCUCGCUCCGCAACUAACGAUGAAGACAGACACAGGGAGGAAACUGUACCCUCUGGUUGCCAGAUUGAUAACGGUUCAGACAACUGUGAGGCAUCUCUCCAUCGCGAAGCUAUCGUCAGAAGAAAGGAAAGAGAUUUCCCUGACACAUCAGCAGUAACCGUUGCGGAUAGGCGAUUGAAAACCCUCAUCGAACAUCAGCUGACGAGAUGCACAUUCCCCUGUGUUUCUCCUCACAUGCGAAGUCUGGAGCAAAACGAAGCAACUGGAGGAGUGGGAAAUACUGAGUCGGAAAACAGAUGGAAUAACAUGAAUGACCAUCAUAUUGCUAGAAACAAGUUUGGACGUCCGACGCCUUCACCAGGAUCUGCUCUUCCGCGUCACACGGCGACAGACAUUCCUCGUCUCUGGGUCAGGCCUUCGUCCUGUAGUUGCUUUUCGAAAACAAAAAGUCCUCUGUUCGAUGAGCACAAUCACACUGCAAUUACCAGGCGUUCUAUAUCCUCUCGACGAUCCAUUGAGAAAGUACCAUGUUUGUCUGCAACAACUGAGAGAAGGCAGCCUUUCCCUGUCGAGGGCCAGCUUCGUUCUCUACCUAGUUCCACGCUUCCGUGUACGCGGGAAAUUGACGUCUCUAAAUCUUGGGCUUCCUCUCGUCCCCCUACCUGCGCUUCGUCGACCAAUUCAGUAAUGCACUAUAACGAACGAUUUCGUGAUUCUCAAUACCCGAAAAACCGCGUGUUUACUACACCCGUAGCAAUAAAAACAAGGGGUGAGUAUCCUUCUCCAAGAAAAGUCAUUCCGCUAACUCCAACCCUUUCGAGGCACGAGCAAUCAGGGGCACGAAGAAAAGAAUCAAAGAACCCCUCGAAAUUGGAAAAAAGAACGGACAGAUGUUUACAUCAAAUAUCGACAUCAUCUUUAUCCAUUUCAUCUGGGAAAGCAAUAUGCCCGCAGCAACAGGCAAAGAUGCUGACGGUGCUUCGUACGCAGGAGGCUACGGACGGCGUACAGUCAUGGGCACAGGAACUACCGCCGAGAAAGGAUGCUUCGAAUGCAGCAGGCGGCUGCAGAUUCUCCUGGCGUCACACAGUCCACAGCGUUCACAGUGGCCUUUGCGGAAACAAACAACCGAGGGUGAUCAUCGUCGGAUGUGCAGUUCUUGCCAAAAUACCACUGUCGGCAUGCCUUCGCCUGGUCCCUGCGCCUCAUUGCCACGCGAUUCUCUUUCGUCCUGUGCAUCUGGUUGCUUUCGUUGUUGUCAUUCGCCUCCAGAACAACAAGCCUGCGACAGCCGUCGGUAUCCACCACGACCAACACAAGAUAGAAAUUCAUGUUCCUGUACUCCUCUUCAAGUUGCCACUCGCGCGGCUUUUAUGAGGAGAGCCAAGGCACUGGAAGAGGCAGAGAAGAAAGUGGAAGAGCGACUGCUCGUCCUCGAUGUCAAUGAAAUGGCCCUUGCAAAACAACACGAACGGCGGUGGCAGGUCCACCAAGAAGCGCUGAGGAUUCUUCUCGAGGGACGACGUCGUUCCAAGCUCCAAUGUACUGCUCCGGCCCAAUCCGAAACUCAGCAAGACGAGGAAUAUACCCGGGGAAAGACAGAAACGUGUGCAACAGUCAAGGAUGGUCCCGAGCCUCAAACGGUUGUACAGUCUCGCCUGCGUAUUCCACGUCGGAAAACAGAACGAAAUCACGAAACACAAAUGCACGACAACCCGCGCGUAUACUCUGCACCAGUGGGGAUGAAGGCAGCUUCACCACAAAAGGUGGGAAACGAGCAGACAGAAGGACUUGCCGGAGCGGAGAACCUGGCGGGAGAAGUAGCAUCCCUUUUAGGGGACAACUUCUGCUCUGCAGUGUAUGAGACGGCGGACGAUCGACGAUCACAGGGUACAAGGAGCACCGCGCCUAUAAGAUGCUCGACAGAAAACGUGCUACUUCACGAUACUCCAGAACAACGUCAGAAACAUUCAGCAACACACAAAGGCAGUUUAAAACCUUCAAAUGGUAGAGUAAGCCUCACCCAGGUUCUGUUGGGCGCACAACAGCAAGAAAACCGUGCGUCUGGAAAGAGAGAAAUACCAGAACCAGCUGCAGAAGCACGAUCACAGAAAAUAAUUCUUCGUUCUUCUCCCCAGCCAACAGGAUCGAGAAUGAAACAACUGUACAUGCGUCCUCGCCUGGUGGACUAAGCCAAAGAUGUUUCGAAGAGAAACUCAUUCUGGAGUGGGAAUCUGUGUUUUAAAUGCGUACGGUCUACUAGGUGAAAAUGUUCUGUUUCUAGAUAAGAGUGUGUUCGCGACUGUGAGGUCAAUGCGCAAGGUGUUGACGGCGAAAGAGAGUUGAUGGUGGAGAAUUUCCUCAAAAAUCGGUUCUGUCCAGUACGGGGAUAGAAUACAUUGUUUCAAGAUACACAUAUAAACUGUACAUAGACGUGUGCGUAUCUCCUGCAAGCCACAGCAAUAGCGUUUGAAGCUGGCAGAUGGUGCAGACGUAACCGGGUAAAACUGAUAACCGGGGAACCCCUCAGCUUCUUUGAUUGUUCCUCGAUCAACAGGAGUGAUAUUUAUUUUCCCAUUGUUUUAACUGGCUAUCCUACUGCGGCGCAUUUGAACAGAAGAGAAGUGCAGGAUGCAUACUGUUUGAUUAUACUCAGAUGCGCGUCAACGAUAGAACUUCAGCACCGUGAUGGGGGUCCCCGGCUUUGCUUUGCUCUGACUGCUGCCAUAUCCGUCGAUACUGGUACUGGGUGCUGCAUCGUAACAGCAAGGCGGUAAAUACUAACCGCCUGAACACAGUAUAUUACGUCGCGUUUAGCUGCAAACUACACAGAAAAGAGAUGCAAAAUGAGUGUUCCACAAGAUACAACGCACACAGGAAACGUUUGUCAGCACUGCAGUCCCGUUGAAAAAAGGACGCAUCCAAAGACAGACACAGGGGGUUCAUCGCCAUUGAGACAGGCAAACACGGUUUCGCUUAUGAACAGAAGAUGAACGAAACGUCUCACUUGUGAGAAUGGAAGCACAAGGCACGCGGACCUCUGUCCACUCAAUUCCCGCGUUCCCACAUCACGGUACUGCCGCUUUCUCCACCCUAUUUCUAGCACUUUACUUAUACAGACAAUAAGCUAGCUUCUGCAGCAAUCGCUGCAUCAUGACACAGGAUUCGUACAGAAUGGACAAGAGGGAGGGGCAUCUUACCGCCAGUUUACUGAGCGCCGAAGCAGGUGCAGAGGCACGCGUAUCCGUUGUCGUUGUCCAGCUCUGUUUCGGUACUCAUCCAUUGGCAGAUCUUCUGGAUUCGCAAAGGCACGCUGGGUUCCAAAUUGCCUGAAUCUUGGGCAACCUAAAAACUGGCUACAAAGACCACAUAAGAGACCUUUUUAACGAGACUUAUGCGCUGCACAAUGAUAUCCGGCGUGACGUCGGCAUUUGACGAGUCAGGUAUAUUCCCAUUUUUUUCGUCACCGCCGGAAACACUGGCACAACGAGCAUCGAGAAACAAACCCGUGAUCCCGUGACAGAUGAGGGGUCCUGUGCGCAGGCUCUGGGAGAGAUUACAGGCGGCAGGAAUCCACCUCGGACAUGUCGGACCGUGACAGACAUGCUCCAAGAAGCAAGGGAAGUCUGCGACGGCUAUUUCCACAACACCACGCCGAGCUCCCAUUUGCCCGUAUCAAAUGUGCUUUUGAGAAUGCAGAAAAUAUGACAGAAAAUAUCGGGAAGCCGGCGAUGGUGGCAUAUAAUACUGUAUUGAACAUCGUAUGGACACACACGCCCAUCGUACUUGCGAGCAGGACCACGGAGCUCCCACGGGGGGCAAGGAGCGUAAGGUGGUCGCCAUCGGUUGCAAACUGAGCGCACAACGCUUCUACUAAUGGUGAUAUGGGCAUACGAAGACCGUCUCGUCUGGACAGUGUCACUCGCUAGUAAUGUUAAUGGCGGUCACGGCAUGGAGGGAAGCAACAUGCGGCUGUUGGUGACGCAUCCCGUAGCGGGAUAACCCUGCUGCGCGACUAUCCGUUGAGGGGCGGGAACUCCCGCUGUUUCUGUGUGGAGUGGGCGCGGUUGACCGUCAUGCGACAUCAAAUGAGCAUGAAAGGGACGUACUGCUAUGUCCGACUGGAGACCAGUAAGGGAUCCUUGUUAGAAGGCGAUGGUGGUACGAAGAUGGUGCACAAGGGCGGAAAUUCACAUCUCCGUUUCUGAGCUCUGCCGCCACGAAGCACCUAUUAAAUGUUACCUCAGUGAUUCUGCCCCUAUAAGCUACAAUUUCUAACCCAGUGCCACGUGUCAUCCAUCGGGGACACCUUCAUGCGACGCACCGUUGUAUCAGCCAGGCGCUGGCGAACUUGAAUAGCAGCCGCCUUACGGAACGAUACCGCACACGGCUAGUUCUCUCCUGUUGCCUCAAACCCCAAUGCGAAGUGACGUCAGUCACGUGGCAGCUAACUGUGGUGUAGGCCGCAAAAUGACGAAUGUUGCAAUUCCACGUGUCCGAGCAGCGAUGCUGCAUACAGAAUGUCCCGGUCUGCCUCGUUGUUUGGUCCACAGUGUGAGACCUUCACCAUAUGUUCGUGACGAUGCAAAUUGUACAGCCAACGCUGGAGCAACGCGGUGCAGCGUGUGGCUCCAGAGCUCUACGUUUUAGGACCGCACAGAUCUUAUCGUCACCGUGAUCAGCCUCGUCUGUUGCCUUGUGCCGAAGGUGUCUGUGGGUGCAGCACAAAUAGUGCAAGUUGAACAUAGCGGAACAGUCUGUCGAUCUGCUUACUCCGGCUGCUCCCGGCCACUCCGAGUAUUGAGUUAGGUUUGCACAUCUCCGCAGCGCACGUCACAGUUCCUGUUGACACACACUCCCGCAGGUGCCUUAGAUCCGGGGCUGAUACACAGCGCGAGAGGGCUGUGCGACGCGUCAAAUUCCUCGCCGUCCAUUGGUGACUGGCAUGAGCGACGACAUGACGCUGACGCGUCUUGUGUUGCAUACCAGUCAGCGCCAGCGGGGUGCGACUAGCGUGGCACACACACAGCGCCAACCGCGCACAGGGAAGGAGGCGACAUUCGUUUUUCGUGCGGAGGUCUCGAAGCCUGCCUUGAGAUCACCAUAUGCAUUUCGGCGCUCCAGUGCAUCACCGCACAACUGAGUGACAGGCAGGUCUCCGUUCACCCGCGCACCAGGGAGCGCGAUGAACAUUUGGCGGAACACUGCCGCCGUCACCAUUGUCGAACGUCACAGACACUCCUGUCCUCAAAUUGCGAAGUGUUCGCUCGAGUGAUGUAGCCACUUGGACGAGCAUUCAGGAAUGGUAGUUCGGCUGGAGGGCGACACGAGUACUCCUGCGCUGCUGCAGGUCGGCUGUGUCGCAGGGUGCGGUAGGUCUAGGUGUCGGUGUAGUCGGCAUGCGCAAAUACGCAUGUUCGAUAACAUCUAUUUCGGCUUUAUGGAUAUCUGCGGCAUGCGCGCAGAUUAUUGUGUUGGCGUGAAUACGGAUCCUGGACGAGACUGUGGAACGACACUGGUAGAACGUGUUGCCCUGCCAACUGGCCCAGCCCCACUCGAGAGCAAACAAGCGUAUUCCCUUUCCUAGAGUCAUUGGACUUUUUAAUCCAUCGCACCACAUACGACAGGCGCGGGCACCAAGACCGAAUGGAACAGUGCAUCUCCCCGACUCGAUGUCUGUGGCACACGCGAUAAAGCUGGUUAACCCAGCGUGAGGCGCAAGGCGAAUAGUCACGGACCACCGCGACAAAUGGCUCAUCACGAACGGGAACAACAGACCGGCGUCAGUCUGGCGUAUACUCGCCCUUCUACCCAUCCGCAAGCCAAUGUAGAGAAAUCGAUAGACGUGUUUCUGCAAAGCAUUAGAUGAAGAAGACACGCGUGUUCGGCGCACGCAUGUACGUCAUGGGGAUGAGAGGACUAGUGACUAAUGUGGCGAUGCUGUUACGUGGAGCGGGCGGGAAAACA